GCCGGGGCGGGGCCGCCGCCCGUCGGUUGUUGUAGUAACGGGGAAGCGGCGGGAGGGGCCGGGGCUGCCUUGUGCGCCCGGCCCGGCCUGGCCUGGCCCGGCUCGGCUGUGCGGGGGCAGGUAACUGCUCUUGCAACUGGGACUGGGCUGUAUGAAAAUUCCUAGAGGAAAUGCCAGUUGGGAUGGCUAAAGAUCUGGAGGAAACUGGCUCAUCUGCAGAUGAGGAAGAAGACGCAGUAGUUGGAUUGGAGGAUCAUCCAUGUAUCAAGUGGACUGGUGGUGGCUGCAGGCGGGUUCCUGUCUUGGUGUUUCAUGCUGAAGCCAUUCUGACUAAGGACAGCUACCUCCGCCUAAUUGGAGAGCGCUACCACAUGUCCUAUAAGAUUGUGCGAACAGACAGCCGACUGGUUCGGAGCAUUCUGACUGCCCAUGGAUUCCAUGAGGUCCACCCUAAUAGUACCGAAUACAAUCUCAUGUGGACAGGAUCACACUUGAAGCCCUAUUUGCUGCGUUCCCUUACAGAUAUUCAGAAAGUCAAUCAUUUCCCUAGGUCAUAUGAACUGACACGAAAGGACAGACUGUACAAGAAUGUCUCUCGAAUGCAGCUGGCCCAUGGAUUCAAGACAUUCCACAUCUUACCUCAGACCUUUAUCCUCCCGACAGAGUACCAGGACUUCUGCAGUACCUAUUCUAAGGACAGAGGCCCAUGGAUAGUGAAGCCUGUGGCCUCUUCCAGAGGUCGAGGUGUCUACCUGAUAAAUAAUCCAAACCAAAUUAUUGUGGAAGACAACAUCCUGGUUUCUCGUUACAUCAGCAACCCCUUGCUCAUAGAUGAUUUCAAAUUUGAUGUGCGUCUCUAUGUUCUGGUUACAUCUUAUGAUCCACUUGUCAUCUAUCUCUACGAGGAAGGAUUGGCCAGAUUUGCAACAGUGAGGUAUGACCAUGCAACCAAGAACAUUAAAAACCAGUUCAUGCAUCUGACCAACUACAGUGUCAACAAGAAGAGUGGAGAUUAUGUCAGCUGUGAUGAUCCUGAAGUAGAGGAUUAUGGAAACAAGUGGAGCAUGAGUGCAAUGCUGAGGUACUUAAAACAAGAGGGGAGAGACACUGCAGCACUGAUGGCCAACGUGGAGGACCUGAUUAUCAAGACCGUAGUUUCUGCUGAGCUGUCCAUUGCCUCAGCUUGUAAAAGCUUUCUUUCACAUCGUGGCAGCUGCUUUGAGCUGUAUGGUUUUGAUGUCCUUAUUGAUGACACUCUGAAACCCUGGCUGCUGGAAGUGAACCUGUCCCCAUCAUUGGCCUGUGAUGCUCCUUUGGACCUGAAGAUCAAAGCUAGCAUGCUCUCAGAUAUGUUCACUCUUGUAGGCUUUGUAUGCCAGGAUCCAUGCCAGCGGUCAAGCCGGGCCAUUUAUCAUUCAUCUGAUGUCAGAAGAAAUGCAUACCAGAAGCUGCARCGUCCUGCGUCUGCACAGUCGCAAACAGCAAACAGCAGAUUGCGUUCCCGUCCUCUGUCUGCCAGCGAUGCUGAAGUUAAAACCUCGAUGCCCUUAGGCAGGGAAAAAGCAACAGGGAGGCAUAACAGCUCUGUGCUAGGCCUCACCAUGGAGGAGAUCAGAGUUCUCCGGCGAGUGAGAGAGGAAAAUGAACGGAGAGGAGGCUUUGUCCGGAUUUUCCCUACUCCUUUAACAUGGGACCUUUAUGGAUCUUUUUUAGAGCACAAGACAUCAAUGAACUACAUGCUGGCUACACGUCUGUUUAAGGACAGGGGUAGGAUAAAAAGAGAGUUCAUCACUGGGAGAGCYCGAGCAGGUCUUAAUGGAAGGCCGGAAGUGAGGAUGGAAGCUGUGGACUCUCAUGCUCUCUUUUAUGAGAGGAAGCUUAUUUCACUGGAGUUACGGAAACGUCGUCGAUGUCAUGGCAAGGCUCAAGCAACACAGACAAGAUUAUCAGGCACAUCACAACCAACAAAGCUGUCCCUCAAGUCAGACACAGAAGAUGAGGAAGAAGAAGAGAUGGAUGCAGAUGAAGAUGAAGAGAUAGAUGGAAAUGUUUGCUUUCCUUCAGACAMCCAGGUGAAAAACAAGCCAAAACUCUCUGACUCAGUGAAAGCUACUCGUAAGGAGAGUUUACCRAGAAAAUUUGACAAGAAAACUGGAGAUGAAGAGCUAUUUCUGCAAAAACCAGAUUCAGAAUCUCAGUUUAACUUGCUUCAGAUUCUUCAAAAGCAUGGAAACUUGAGCAAAGUACAAGCUCGUACAGCUUUCUCUGCCUAUCUACAGCAUGUUCGGCUCCGACUGAUGAAGGAGGCUGGAGAACAGAUCCAGAAUCCUUCCUGGGUUGCUAAAGAGGAUGAACAAAUGGAGCUUGUCAUCCGCUUUCUGAAGCGAGCUGCCUGCAACCUUCGUCAGUCCUUGAGGCUGCUGCUCCCCAGCCGUCGUUUAGGACGAAAUGAUCGUCGUCGUAUCCUGGCUCGCCAGCUGGGCGAGUUCAUAGUCUGUUACAACAAGGAAACGGAGCAGAUGGUUCAGAAACAAUCAAAAAAGAAACAGGAAGAGGAGGAGGAGGGAGUGAAUCCUGAAGGUUUUCAGAACUUUAUUACCAGAGCAAGUGAAAGUGACCUGGAGGAAGUACUCACAUUUUACACACACAAAAACAAAUCAGCAAGCGUCUUCCUAGGAACAAAAUCCACAAGCACAAAACACAGCAACAGCAGCCAGCAGUCAGAGAAACAGCCCCAAGGUGAGCAUCCUGAGAUGGUGAAAAAAAUAAAAGGUGAUCAUCCCAAAAGUUCAGCUGCAGAUUUGACUGCAGAAGGAGCACUAAAAGGCUAUAAACCCAAAGAAGCUAGAUCAAGCUUUCCAGAAGGAUGCACCUUCUCCUUAAAUGCUGACRUGAAAUUACCUUGGUGCAGCCCUCCUGGUGCUUGUUCCUCUGCUCCUGGUGCCAUGUUCCAGAGAAGUAACAGUUCCUGGAUGCCAUCUCAGCCUGCAGCUUCUGAAAAUUCAAAGGCAGCCGGACACCCUUCAUUGCCGGCUCCUCCAGCUGGUCUCMGACUGACUCAGUCCCCACCCCCACUACCUUCCUUGCAGAGCACAGCUUCUGACAGCUCUUCUGUCCUCACAAACCCAGUGUCCACUGAGACUUGUAGCCUUUCAGGGUCACAUCGUUGUCGUUCUGGUAGCUAUACCAUUGGCCCAUUCUCAUCUUUUCAGAGAGCUGCUCAGAUCUACAGCCAAAGAUUGUCCCGACCAUCGUCUGUAAAAGUAGGUUUGUGCCAUCGCAAUUCAAGUGGGCAGUGUGUGGGCCCUGCCAGGAUGCACAAAGAUGCAGAACAUACUCCCCAGGGCAAGCGUCAUGGCCCCAGUGUGGUAGCAGCAGAACUGCAGCAGUUGGCAGAAAAGCAAGCAGCCUGCCAGAACUCCCCAGCAAACCACGUCGGUCUCCUUACACAGCAGUUAACAAACCUGGAUUUGGCAAGUGGAGCUAUAAGCAAGGGGAAUGCAGCUGCCCCACAGAGCCACUGGUCACCACUCAACAAAAGAGGGUCAGUGUGGGCUGUUCAGUCAGACACUCAUAAAGAAGACAAAAGAUCUGUCUCUUCAUCAGUCAGGCCUCCAGAGAAUCAUCAUUUUGCCUUGGAAGGAGAGGUGGAGAGCAGUGUCUACAACAAGGUGACACGGGCUCCUCUGGCACAUCCCAACUAUCAGCUUCAGUUUGCAGUGCAGCAGCUUCAGCAGCAGAAACUUCAGUCACGACAGGUGUUGGAGCAAAACCAAGCACGGCAACAGGCUGUCUUUGCUAACUACUCUCAAUCCAGCACCAGUCAUAUACCUAUGCCAGCUGGCUCUGAUGCCCACAAGACAUCAAGUGCCACUUCUAGUAUCCAGAAGGCAGCMAGUUUGCACAAAGUGAUGCCAUCCCAGAGUACACCUCCUCAGCUGGUUCCAAAGCCUCCAACAAACCACAGACAGGCAGUGAUCAGAAAGGCUGCAGCCCAGAGGAUUUCCAAGGUGACCUCUACUGAAAAGCAGCUGAAUGGAUUCCAGAACAGUCUUCACAGUACUGCAUCCUGUGAGCCAGGGACAUAUUCCACAGCUUCUGCUCGCAGAGAAGGACUAACACAGAACACCAGGUGAGGAAUCCAGGGCAUUGCUUCAUGUAUAGGACAAAGGAAAAAGCAGCAGUGACUUCACACCACCACAUUCCCGUAUCAGCCAAAAAAGAGAGAAGAGGAAGCCUUGGUGAGAGGACAACCCCCUGAAGAGGGUACCUAAACAUCUGUGAAAGCAGAUUGUGGUGAUGCACCCGCAAGCUAAGGUGAAUGAAUGCUUUUGAGAGCUUCUGCUGCUGAGUCUUUGGGUCCCUUCAUCCAUUUCUUCCUGAUCACUAACUGUGAGAUCUUUCUGUAAGACAAGAGAUCUUUCCUCCAGCUGUUCUUCCUAAAGUCCAGGUUUGAACAUAAAGUCUCAUUUGCUCAGCGAUUUCAGUCUGUUCUAGACUGGUAACAGCCAAGAUUUCAUGCUUUCAUCACAUGGCAACCAUCAUCGGAGAAAAAUAUUAGAACAUACGACUCGAGAGGUCUGUGUUGGUUGCCAUCUUGAAUUUUGGCACAGAGUCAUAGAAAUGAUCAGUUUGAAUAAAGUGAUUUCAUUUGUUUGUUUUGGUUGUAAUUUCAGUUGUUUAUUCACACACCCAAAAUGCUGUUGGUCAACUGAACAGGAUUUUAAAUCUGUCUUUAUGUUGGAUGUUUGCGUUCUGUGUGGCUUAUUUUGUAUUUCGAUUUCUGUUUGUUUAGGCUUUAUAAACUUUUUUAAUUGGCUGAUGUUUUCAGACCCAAGCUUGAACCCUAAGGCCCAGGUGGCUCUUAUCAGUUGCAAUUGUCUYGGUGAAGCACUCCAGUUAAAAUUUGCAUAGUGUUAUGGAAAUUUGUUUGCUUGUGUUAGAAAACAAUGUCAGCAGCUGGAAAAUGUAUUGGAGAGAAGAUCCAUCCAUCCUUAAAAUGAACAGGAAGCGGCUUCAGCUCUGCCUCUUUGUUGGUGCCAGGUAAAAGGAAAACUCAGUAUUUUGCAACUUCUGCCUUGUCCAACAGCAAGGGAUAUUACUGAUAACUCUCAAAGGUAAAAAAUCUUGUGUGGCUUGUAUCAGAGUCUUCAGAGUUUGGAUUAAACAUCCUGUUUGAUCUCUUUUCUUACUCCACAUUCCCCUGUCAUUUCUAGUUUUUGUAGUCAGUGUUAAGAGAUCAUUCUAAUGUGUAAAUAAAUAGAUAAGGAUCAGCCCAAAGGGCCUACAGAAGAAACUGUAUCAGAGGGGGAAGGUGUUUCCUCUUCAAAUGAUUGAGUUCGUGUUUACUYGUGGAUUCUGCAUAUUUUCUGUCACUCAAGACCAGAUAAACUGUGAGAAGAUAARUGAUUAUGUUCAUACCUUAUUAGUUUCACCAUCGCUUGCUUCAGGCAUGAAUUCAUAGGAGAAUAUGCAUUUUUCUAUGUCUGUUAUACUCACAUGUUGAAUACUUCACUGGUCUACAAUGCAGGUCUCUGACAGAGCUGUUCCCUUCAUGGGCUUAUCUUUCGUUUCCGUUAGAYAGUCAUGAUCAUGUUCACUUUCUUCACAUUUUUGUUGGCUCAUGAUUAGUGAAAGUUUAGUUGCAGAAGUUGUUACUUCAGACUUGUGCGCAUCCUCAGCACCAUGGGUUUCAGGACCUUAGGUGUGUCUUCUCACAGCCUUCUCUGCUGUGUGUGCUAUUGGCUCUCGCCUCCAGCUCAACUGGAGUGCCUUCUUUGAUGUAAGACUUYGCUUCAGUAAAUAACAAUUCCAUUCCUUUCUUCCUCCCUAAGUAUCUGCGUUAUCCUUAUUCCACUGGGUUUUAAGUCAGGAUUGAGUAGCUGUAGGAUAUACAUCUUUGUGGAAUUCUAAUCUCUCUUUUUGUUUUGGAGUUUGUUUGUUCAGGUUAUCACAAGCCACGACUUAAAACUGUAGAGAGGUUUGGAGGCUAGAGAUUUACUUAGCUCAGGAAAGGUGAUUGUCUUAUAAGAAUCAUUGUCAGAAGCAACAUUCUUACAUCUUUGUCAAGAAAAUUAUCAAUUAGUGCUGGCUUAUUAUGAACACUGGUGAAUUGUUUUGUCAGCUUUGCUAGUCUCGCACCCACACAUUUUGGGAUGAUGAUUUUAACUUGGUUAUAGCCAUUUUUUUCUGAACUUUUCAUUGCAUGUUAGAUGUAGCCAACCCCCACAUCUGUGACUGUGAUGACUUAGUAGCAGUAUGUUAAAUAGCCUGUCUGUAAUUUUUUUUAAAUAUUCAGGAAAAUGCAUAGUGCAGUCUAAGACCCUCAUUUUGAAAGGAUGAAUUUUGUCAGUGUCAGGAGCAGUGAAGACUUGCAUCCUUUUGCCCAGGAAAAUUUUUUUCUGUUUCUGACAAAUUUUAGAAAAUCAGCCUUGGGAUAUCAAGACUGGUCCUUUACCUGAAGCCAAACACCUAGACUUGGAAUACCCUCUUUAUUCUCAGGAUGUGUUAGGACAGCCAGAGCAUCAAAGGACAUAGCAGUAUUCCUUUGCCUUGAGCAUCUGCUGAUCCCAUCUCUGAACACAAAUGCUGCUACAGUGGGGACAUGUGCAAUAGAGGAUCAGGAAAAAAUUCUGUGAUUCCAGCCUCUUAUUUCUUCCAUCCCCUUGUAUUCUUCAGCCCGGAGUCCGUAUGUCUUUGUGCAUUGUGGGUAUUGGAAGAUAACGUGUGUAUUUUUUUKCAGCUCUGAACCUCCAUGUCUAUCCAUUUCCAUAAGCCUCUCAGUGCUUCAGUUAAGAGAUUCAGUGGGGAAGCAUAGAACUUUUUCCCACCCAUCUUGGGAGAGAAGGCAUUUUACAGGCAGUGUUAAUCUCCUACAAGGGAGGGAACUAGAAUCACAAAUGGUUUUGGAUAUAUAAUAGUUGCACAAGGGGAGUACAAUUAUAUAUGUGUUCCUCAGAUGGGGUUUAUUUUUCUCUGCUUUUAGGACAUUUACUUCCUUGUAUUCAUCAAUUGUUCCAUCAAAAGUGUCAUUCUUCACUGCAAGAAAAUUACCCAUAGAAAGCCCCAACAAUGAUUCAGCAUCCAUUCCAGUGGUGACAAUGAAUAAUGUAAUCAAGGGAUCCCCCUCUUCUGUGAUGUUUGCAUCACUUCUAAAUUAUGGAACCUGCUCUAGUGACAGARAAUCAGGCUUGUUAGUCUCAAAAGGAGUAAUAUGCACAUCAGAGUCCCAGAGGCUGAGGUAAUGYGGAGUUCAUACAGCAUUUUGUGCCAUGUUUUAGAUGAUGAGCAUACAACAACACAAAAAUUAAGAAGAGGGGUAUUAGAUUCUCCCCUUUCCAGAAGAACUCAUUUGUGCUCAAUACAUGAACUAUUAAGUUUCCUUUUAGCAAGUUUUAUCUUGGCCUUUAAAACAGCCUUAAAAGGCAUGUGAGUGCCCAUCAGUGGAAGAUCGUGUUGUGACCAUAGACAAAGCACUUUGUCUUGGGUGCAAACAAGAUGUACUGAAAUUUCUAUUCUCAAGACUAGGUAUGUUUUUGGACAAUCAUGAUUUGUUGGAAAUACUCCUCACUAUGAUGCCUAGAAGGCUGACAGAUUAGUUCCAUGUUGUGGAAGGAGGCUGUGGUAUCAAGACCUUUGUUUACUGGUAGGAAUCUCAGUGCUGCGCCUUUUCCUUAUAAGAGAUACAGAUAAGAGAAUACAGAUACUCUCCAUAUGCAGGGAGUUGAAUGGCUGGCACUGCUAGAUCAUUCUUCUUUGCCUGAGGAGCUCAUUGAUGCACAGAUGACUUUCCAGAACACACUUGUAUUCUCAGCUUGCAUUCUCUCAGGCAAUGAACCUUGUGCUAAUACAACAGUUCCAGUAAUUUUGGAUCAUUUGCUGGGAACAAAAGUACUCUGGCUCCUGUUUUAUUUUUUAAGGUUUACAUGAUAGCACUGCCAAGGACUUUUUUCCUCUGUCAGUCCUACAUUUGCUGAUGAUCCUGGGUUCACUGUUUGAAUCUGAAUGGGUUAUUUGCUGGUGUAUAAAUAGUUGUAUUUUUUUGGUUUUGGUAUUUUUUGAUAGACCCUCUUCAAAUUAUUUCCUAUCUGAAUGYAUUAUUCCAGUGGAUCUGUCAUAAGUCUCUUCCAAAAGAAGUUUCUGAGCUUUACUUAACUCCGGGACUUAACUUUUUUUCCUUCUAGAACCUYGUGUUUCUAGAGCUGAGACAUCCUUGUUUACACCAAACAUCAGAAGAACCCUAUUUAGCUUUACAGAACUGAGAUUGCUUAUACCAACAGCUUAACAUUCAUAGUUCUCUUCAUGCAGAAAGUGAUUAAUUAGAAAAGACAUGGGCAAGGAGGCGUGUAAAAGAGAAGUUGCAAAAGGAGUGGUUGUUCACAAUCAUGCCACUAAAAGUAGAAACAUAAAAUGAAACUAACAGAUAUAAGCUUCAAAGGAAAAAAUAAAGUGGGGGGAGAUGGCUACUUUUUUUCACAGUACUUGACCUAUGGAAUUUCUUGUGACAAGAUGUGGWUACAAAAAAGAGCAUGUGGUUUGAAAAGACAAGUAGACAAAUGCAUGAAAAAGUAAUCUGUUAGGGCAUAUUAAAUAUUAAAACUGAAAUCCAAGAAGUUUCUAAGACUUUCCAAGUGAGUAUUCUGGGGAAUUCUCACAAUGGGCUUUCCCCAUUUUUAAUUUGUCUGUCAGGCACGGGCUGUUGACCUCUGUCCAACAAGAGCUGGGCUAGAUGGUCUUGUAUUCUGACUUUGUAUGGGUGUUUUGACAGUGUUGACUAGGACAGCCAAGACAAAGCUACUUUCAUGACAGUGGUAUGUUCCACCCUCGAAUUCAUCCUGUGGUGUUGAGUUUUCAUAAGAAAAGAGGCUAURUGCCCCGUUGUCACAUGAAACUUGUCUACACUUCCACCUGGGUGAGCGCUAUAUACUGCAGAGGCUUUCAGAAUGAUGGAACUUUCAAAAGAACAUUAAGGGUACUAAGAUCCACCUCUGGACAAAUUGUGAUUUUGGGGGAAAGUAGGUUUCUCGAUAGAAGUCAUCAAUAAUAUGAUCCUUGUAAAUGCUUAACUGCAUAAAGAUGGAGAAAAACUUUCCACUAACUGAAGCUUUUAAGUUAYCUUAUUCAUACACAUUUCACUUCUUGCCAUCUUUGUCUUCCAAAGAGCUCAAGUCMAGAGCACCUUCAAGGUGAAUUUGCACAAUCACAGCAUGUCUUAAUGAACCUGGUAACUGGUUCCCUCCCACUUUAGAACACUGCUGUCCUUUUCCAGCGAAUGAAGUUUCCGUGCUGACUUAGAGAUGAGUAGUUAGGAAAUGCAGACUGAUCUCAAAAUUGUUGGAUCCUGAGUUUUCCUUUGCAGUUGUAAAGCAAGAGGACAAUUUCACUGAACUGAAGGUGACAAAUGACACCAAGUUUGCCCUGAGGAGUCUGCUCUGUCUUUUACCUUACCAGAAAAGGAUUUCAUUUGCCCUCAUUGAAAAGGAGUUUCCACUGCUGUUUUGAAUUAAAAGGAAAGAAUCACUGAUCACUGUGGAGACCCUGGUAUGAAGCCUUUGCCAGUGGUAUUCAGUGAGUCAUAGAGGUUCCCAAGGGAAAACACUAUACUUAACAGGGCCUCUUCUCUACAAGUCCACGCCUACAGCACACACAGUGAGCUUGAGAAGUCUUACAUUCUUUGAAAAGAAGUGGCUUCUUUAUCUGACCUAUCAGACAAACAAAUCACAUUGACCUUAAAAAGACCAAAUUUGAUGCAGUUGUUAAGAAUUYCGGGGCUGUUAAAAAUGAGUCUUUUAUUAAUGAAGUUUUUUAUUGUUUGUGUGGGGCAGSUGAAAGAGGUGCUGUUAUCUCUAAAAGCAAUUUCAACACUGUAUUUGGCCUCUUGCCUUCUGCUGCACUGGGAUGUGCAACGGRAGACAACCCCAGAACAUUAGUUCAAUUUGGUGCCCCUGCAAGAGGAUUUUAGAAAAUCCUGUUUCACCAUAGUUAUUGCAAUGGUAGAAUGUAGUCUCCUUCUCCAACACAAAGAGGAGACUAGUUACAGUACUCUGUGUAGUCAUGUUCCAAAGUAAGAAAAUCUCCCCCUAAAAUAUUUUUUGGUUAUUUAGCUGAUCGCUGUAUCUUGAGAAUUAUCAUGUCCAAAGGCAGGAGGGAAUCUCUGAAAAGUUUCUGUACUGACAAGUCAAAAUGUUUCACUCUCAUCACUCCAUCACUCUACUAUUAAACUUUUCUUUUCUGAGUCUGGGGAAGAAUAAUGACAAAGGAUUUUUUCCACACUGUUUCCAGUAAUUAUUGUAUAGGAUUUAGCCCACGGCUUUCAUGUGGUUUUGCCUUAUUUGUAUGAUCUGAAAAGUUAGACUGUGUCAGAGAUCUUUAAUAUAAUAUAUUUAAUGCACCUAACAUGUCUUAAUACACCAUUCUUCAARAUGCAGAUGGAGAGCUGUGAAUUUACUGGGAAGUUGUAGGCAUCCCAUUGAUGCCACUACUUACAUUACUCAUGCUUCCAGUUGCAUGAUGCUUCCCCCAUUUAAACUGGGGUUGUCUUCCUUCCUGAAAGUGUUUUCUCCACUAUUUCUAUUUCCAGAAAUUCAAUGUGGAAUACAUUUUGUCUGUGAUAUCAGCCUGGAUUUUUUUUUCCACAGACCUACAAAACUCAUGUCUCCAUAUGUGUGGUAAAAUUUCCUUUUGAAAAUUAUCUAGGAAUAAAGAUUGGUGGCUCCUUCUGCCAAAUUGUGGCCCAGGUCUUUUGAAUGAUGGCUUUUGCUGAAGGCAGGUAAAAUUCAUAAAAAUGAAGGCAAUUUAAAAUGU